UCCUACGCGGACAGAGUAAAAAUUUCGAAAGUUCGACAUUAGAAAGAAAAAGCAUUCUGCCCACACUUUAUAAAAAUGGACCUACUCAUUUUGAAGGGUAAAUUGGUGCAUGGGAAUUUUUGUCUAAAAUCCGAGAAGCGCUAUUUAUUAACAAAACUCCGACCUUCUACAUAUGCAUAAUUAUUUAUUGACCAUGAGUGGACAGCUGGAUGGUGGGGCUUCACAUACGAUUAACAAUUAUGUGUUUCAUCAGCUGUAGAUAUAUCGCAUAGACAAUAUUAUCUUAGUCGCGGAUAAUCUCGGACCAAACAGGUUCCACAUCGCGAUCGCGUAAUUUUCGGUCUUGCGAUGUUGAACAAAAUAUUCCCAUUCUGGUUGCUCCUGAACUGUUUCAUAUCACACACGAAUAUAGUCUCUUCAGAUGUUCCAGAAGGCACGCCUUGUGCAACGCCCGACCAGCAAAUCGGACCCUGUGUGAGCAUCUUAACGUGCGAGCCUCUCUUGCAACUGCUCAAGAAAAAGUCUAACGAUCCGGAAGCACGGAGUUACUUGCAAAAGUCUGUGUGCGGUUACAACAGAGAUAACACCCCCAGAGUUUGUUGUUCAGAAGCGACGUCCAAAAGUUUGGAUGACGAAGGUGGAGGGUCAUCGAACAAACCUAAAGAUAAACAGGCUCCUACAGAUGACACUAAUUCUAACUCUGCUGAGCCGCUCGCUGGGCUUCUGUCUCCACCAGACUGCGGUUUCAGCAACCACUCAGCUUCGAGAGUUGUGGGAGGUGUACCGGCCAAGUUAGGCCAGUUCCCUUGGAUGGUAGUUUUGGGAUACAGAAAUCCAAGAAACCCAAACAGACCGAAAUGGCUUUGUGGAGGUACAAUGAUUACCGAUGUCCAUAUUCUGACAGCUGCACAUUGUGUUUACAGAAGAAACGAUCUGUACUUAGCUCGCCUUGGAGAGCUGGAUCUGUAUGAUGACAAUGAUGGAGCGACACCAGAGGAUAUACCUAUUGCUCAAAAGAAAAUCCACGAAGAUUAUAAUACCGUCCAAUUCACCAAUGACAUUGCCAUUUUAACAAUAGAAAGAAAAACACGAAAUCCGAAAGUAUGGCCAAUAUGUCUUCCCCACGCAGAACCACUGAGGUCGCAGUCCUUUGAGAAGCUCAGGCCAUUUGUAGCUGGGUGGGGUGCCAUUAAUUUCCGUGGUCCACAAAGCAGUAUCCUGCAAGUAGCAGAGAUCCCGGUGGUGCCAACGGAAAAGUGCAAGAAUGCGUUUGCCGUUCAACCUAACAUCCUGAUAGACGAGCGGACUCUAUGCGCGGGGUGGACUACAGGCGAGAAAGACGCUUGUCAGGGCGAUUCCGGGGGCCCGCUGAUGCAUGGGAGAAUUGAGGAAGAAGACAUCCAAAGAUACUACCAGAUCGGGGUCGUCUCGUUUGGGUUCAAAUGCGCCGAGCCAAACUUCCCCGGAGCUUACACCAGGGUAACUUACUUCAUCGACUGGAUACAACGGAAUAUCUCGUAGAGUGAUCGCCGAAAAAUACUCAUCAGUGUUUUUUUUUUUAAUAUUGGCCAUAAACAGAUUUGGAUAUGGACACGAAUGAGAAAAGUGCAAUUUACAUUUUGCCAAACAUUCCAACAUUGUGAUCUUGUAUUUGUUUGACUGGAUACAAAUAUACAAGAACGUUAACGAAUCACCAUUCAAGCGCUUGUAUUAUUUUUAGGUUAGGUUACAUGUAUAAUGAAGUAUUGUAGAUAACAGAUAUUUUAAGAAUCAUUGAAUAUUAAAAUGCUCAACAAUUUGCA